AUGAAUGCCAGUGUGUUGAAUGUGAAUGCCAGUUACUUUUAUUGGAACUACAACUCAAAUCCACUUGAACAAGACGUUUUUGAAGUUAGAAGAAUACUGUUGGUAUGUUUUUCUGUAAUAGUUAUGUUCACAAACCUUAUGGUAGUGAUAGCCUUCAUUACUGCGUACAACCUGAGGGACCGCAUUGCAAACUAUUUCAUACUCAACCUUUCGAUCAACGAUUUUACUACGGGAUUUGCGAAUGCGAUAUACUUCUCUUUAAGCAGCAGGCCAUUUUUUGAUAGAUCAAUUUUCUGUGCGAUUAUAUCUGGGAUGCAACCAACGCUAUACGUGUCUUCGUUCGUGUCGAUGUCACUGGUGAGUCUGGAUCGAUACAUCUAUAUCACAUCGCCAUUGCAUUACCAUUUGAGGAUGACCGCCAUACGAGUGAAAGCAGCAAUCAUACUUUCCUGGGUGAUACCAAUAAUCAUAGUGAUAAUUAUACCAAAUAUAGUUAAUCUCUUCUAUGACGUAAUCGAAGAUCAUUGUUCGUAUGUGCAAUCUACGUCUGUCACUUUUACUGGACCAAUUACGGCCAUAGUCACCGUGUUGAUAAUGCUUUUUACUAGUGUUCGUAUUUUAAUCGAAGCUCGUAAACAACGAAGGAAAAUCACCAAUCAAGUUAUGACGGCAGCCAUCCCAAGUACAAUCAUUGCCAAACCAGCAGUUGAAAUUCGUCGUUUAGUUAAUACAGUCGUAUUGGUUUUAGUAUUUCUAGUAAUGUGGAUGCCAUAUGUCGUUGUAGCGGCUACUUCAAUGUUUACAUCUCAAAAAAUUGCAGGGUUAACGCUUGAAUUGGUUGGAUCAUUUAUUUUUUUAAAUUCGUGUAUUAACCCAGUUCUGUAUGCAAUGAAUCGUGAUUUCAAGAAAGCCUACCUUAAUAUAUUUUGCCUGAAAUUUGUUUAG